AUGGUAGCCAAAACUAGGCAUUUUCACCUUCUCCUCCUCCUCAUCUCCACCUUCCUCCACCUAUCCAGCACCACAUUUGCCAUCGGUGUCAACUAUGGGACACUAGGCAACAACCUUCCACCACCCUCUCAGGUUGCCAACUUUAUCAAAACUCGAACAAUUAUUGACAGCAUUAAAAUCUUUGACACAAACCAUGACAUUCUUAAUUCUUUUGCCAAUACUGGCAUUACUGUUACAGUCACGGUUGGCAAUGGUGAUAUUCCUUCCCUUGCCGAUUUAAACAGUGCCCGCAGAUGGGUUGCUUCCAAUAUUGCGCCAUUCCAUCCACAAACAAGGAUUAAUCGGAUUGUUGUUGGUAAUGAGAUCAUGGCCACUGCUAAUAAAGCUUGGAUCUCUAAACUCGUGCCAGCCAUGCGGACCAUUCACAAGGCUCUUCUUCUUGCUGGAAUCAGAAACGUCCAGGUCACAACACCUCACUCUCUUGGCAUUCUCUCAAUCUCCGAGCCACCUAGCGCAGGCCAGUUCAGGCGUGGGUUCGACCGAGCCAUAUUUGCACCCAUGCUCCAAUUUUUGAGGGAAACCAAAUCACCCUUCAUGGUUAACCCAUACCCUUAUUUUGGCUACUCUCCGAAAAUGGCAAACUAUGCUCUUUUCAAGCGCAAUAGAGGUGUACAUGAUAAAUACACUGGCAUUACAUACACUAGCAUGUAUGAUGCAAUGUUGGAUGCUAUUUAUUCAGCAAUGAAAAAAUUGGGUUACGGGGAUGUGGGCAUUGUAGUGGGCGAGACCGGUUGGCCCUCGGUUUGUGACCCGGGUCAACCAGCUUGUAGUGUGGAGAAUGCUGCUUGGUUCAAUGGGAAUUUAGUUAGACGUGCUACUCGAGGGAAAGGCACACCUUUGAUGCCGAACCGGCGGUUUGAGACAUAUCUUUUCUCAUUGUUCAAUGAGAAUCUUAAACCCGGUCCGACCGCUGAAAGAAACUGGGGGCUGUUUAGGCCUGAUUUUAGCCCAGUUUAUGAUGCUGGCAUUUUGCGCAACGGACAGAGCGGUGGUGGUCGCCGUGGUGGGAGGCAGACACCCAGACCAAGCCCGGGGAAGCAGUGGUGUGUGCCAAAACCUGGCAUUAGUGAUCAAGCUUUGCAAGCAAACAUAAACUAUGCAUGCAGCCAGGGUGUGGAUUGCAAGCCUAUUCAACUUGGUGGUGCUUGCUUUGACCCUAACAAUAUUAGGUCUCAUGCUUCUUAUAUCAUGAACUCUUAUUAUCAAACCCACGGUCGUCAAGCUUUCAACUGUGAUUUCUCCAACACCGGCGUCCUAACUGCUACCAAUCCAAGUAAGCGAAAACGUGUUUUACCAGAUUCAUUGAGCAUAAUUAAUGGAUCAAAUGUGCUGUAUCUUUUUAGAUUUGUUAUGGCAGAUGCAGAUACAUUUGAGAUCAAUGUCGAGUGGCUCCAGUAUUUAACCAAUUAA